CGCCCCGCCCAGCCUGGCUGAACGCUGGGCCUGGGGCCACUUCCGCCCGACUCUCCUCGUCGCUUCGCGGCCCGCGCCCAGCGGAAGUGCGCUCUCUGCGCGGGUCCCCCUUGGCUGCGAGGCGGAAGCGCCCCCCACUGCCGCUCCCUCCCGACUCCGUGGCGCGCGGCAUGUCGGGUUCCGGACAAGCCCCGUGUGACGUGGCUGCGCGCGGGGGGCGGCUCCGGGCCGGGGGCUGGGCAGCCGGGCGGGGCAGAGCCGGGGCGGGGCGCGGCACCGCAGCUGGAUGGCCGGGGCCGCCCGGAGCGCCGCCGCCGCCGCACGUACGUGGCAUGCCUGGAUGUCCCUGCCCUGGCUGUGGCAUGGCGGGCCAAAGGCUCCUCUUCCUCACUGCCCUUGCCCUAGAGCUCCUGGGAAUGGCUGGGGGUUCCCAGCCAGCCCUCCGGAGCCAGGGGGCUGCGACAGCCUGUCGCCUGGACAACAAGGAAAGCGAUUCCUGGGGGGCCCUGCUGAGUGGGGAGAGGUUGGACACCUGGAUCUGCUCCCUCCUUGGUUCACUCAUGGUGGGGCUCAGUGGGGUCUUCCCGUUGCUGGUCAUUCCCCUGGAGAUGGGCACCAUGCUGCGCUCAGAAGCUGGGGCCCGGCGCCUGAAGCAGCUGCUCAGCUUUGCCUUAGGAGGACUCUUGGGCAAUGUGUUCCUGCACCUGCUUCCUGAGGCCUGGGCCUACACAUGCAGCGCCAGCCCUGUGCUGCCCUCUGCAGGUGGUGAGGGGCAGAGCCUGCAGCAGCAGCAGCAACUGGGGCUGUGGGUCAUUGCUGGCAUCCUGACCUUCCUGGCAUUGGAAAAGAUGUUCCUGGACAGCAAGGAGAGGGAUGGCACCAACCAGGCCCCUUCCAAAGACCCCACUACUGCUGCUGCCACACUCAACGGAGGCCGCUGUCUGAAGCAGCCAGUUGCAGAGCCUGGCCUCAGAGCAGUGGUCCGGAGCAUCAAAGUCAGUGGCUAUCUCAAUCUGCUGGCCAACACCAUCGACAACUUCACUCAUGGGCUGGCUGUGGCUGCUAGCUUCCUUGUGAGCAAGAAGAUUGGGUUCUUGACGACCAUGGCCAUCCUCCUGCAUGAGAUCCCCCAUGAGGUGAGUGCUCGGAGCAUGACCUCAAGGGGCCCAGAACCAAAGGAAUCCCUGGUGGGUGAUUUUGCCAUCCUGCUCCGCGCUGGCUUUGACCGAUGGAGCGCAGCCAAGCUGCAACUCUCAACGGCACUGGGGGGCUUGCUGGGCGCCUGCUUUGCCAUCUGUACGCAGUCCCCCAAGGGAAAGAGACAGUGGCCUGGAUCCUGCCCUUCACCUCUGGUGGCUUUCUCUAUAUUGCCCUGGUGAAUGUGCUACCCGACCUCUUGGAGGAAGAUGACCCAUGGCGCUCCCUGCAGCAGGUGCUUCUGCUCUGCACCGGCAUCAUGGUGAUGGUGCUGUUCUCGCUCUUCGUAGAAUAACCAUCCCUGAUGCCCCCACCCCCCGCGUAGCAACAAGAGACUCAGAUUCACUCUGUGACCGUGUAUGUGAGAGGCUGAGAGGGCAGGUGCCUGUGAGAACAAGCCUCUGACCAGACAGGAAGGAAGAUGUGGGUGUGUGUGUGCGUGUGCGCGUGUGCCUGUACCUGUGUGCAAGACCGACACUGUGAUCCUUGUAUGCCAGGCCUGGGCCUGCUCCAGUCAGGCUGUGGUCAUCUGUCCUUGUCACCUGUUGUCUUGCACUCCCUAGAGGUGCAAGAUGAGCAGUGAGGAACAGCAGCACUGGUCCCAAGCAGAGGCCUCAUCCCACAGGAAUGAGCACCUGUGGAAUGAAGGAGUGAGAACAGCCCAAGGAGCCCAGGGCUUUAGGGGACUCCCUACCUGUCCUGCCUCCUGCUUCCUGCACCCCCAGCCUCCAGGCUGAGGGAGGACAACUCUCUGCUCAUACACCCAGGCCCCAGACAGCCUAAGGGCCAAGGCUGGGGUGGUUUCUCUCUGCUGUGCCCUGUUCCUGGCCCUUCCUUCGACACCUCAAAGCCAAAGAAAGGAAAGGCAGGUGCUCAUGUAGCCUCCCAACCCCACCUAGCACUGACACCCCAGCACUGAGCUGGGAGAUGCUUUCUAAGAUCUUUUCCUCAGGGCUGCCUGCGGGGCCAGCUCCUGUUUGGCAGUACCAGCAACUCUUGCCACCUCCAGCUGCCAAACAGCAGCCUGCAGGGCAGCGACAGCCCCAGGCCAGAGACCUCCCAGGCCAGCUCAGGGAUGCUCCUGCCAGCACGGGGGUUGGAGGCUGGGCAAAGACUGCGGGCCUUUCCCUGGUUGGGCCCCUUUCCCUUCCCACUGGGGUUGGAGAAAGGCGGGGCAGUGAGGGCUCCACAUCAGCGCUCAGGAAUGUGCUCUCAGAGAAUGCUGAAGCCAUGAUCCCCAGCUGUUUCCCUUGGCUGAUGCCCAGGUACCCAGCUGGCCUGCUCCACAGCCAGGUUCCAGCCCUGCCCUUGACCGUGUUUUGAGAAGUGGCUAUUGAGAGGGUCUGAAUGGUUUUAUAGCAAUUUUGCUGUGGUUCCAUUUGUAUCUGUAAAUACUUGUUCUAUAGGUAAAAUACAAAUAAAUGUUAUCCA